AUGAGCAAAUUGACAACGAUAGCCACUGUUGCCUUUUGGUUUUUAUCUUGCAGUCUAAGUGUGAUCUACUUGAAAGUUUUACCAACAACAGGUUUGGCUCGAUGGGUACGAAUCUGCUAUUGGGGUACUUUAAUAUGUUUGCCCUUGCAUUUGCGUAGUAUGUCAAAACGUUUUUUGCUGGUGGCCUUUAUUUCCACUCUUUUCUUGCAGGGAUGCAUUCAAGAUUUCCAUCGUCACAGCUUUAAGGAAACAGAUAACUUUGUGAAUACCGAAUUCGCUCGUGUCGGCUAUGUCAGUGCGAACACCGCGAAGUUCACCGUACGGUCCAAGUCGCCAGCUUCAUUACUCGUUGCUAAGCGCUCUCUUCCCGCUGCAUUGACGGCAAAUGUAUCUGUUGACGCAGCCGGCGAAGACAUUGAUUUUUUGUCGACUGUACAUGUUGAGGGUUUGCUGCCGAAGACUGAGUACGUAUAUAAGGUCGUUCGACAAGGCGACAACGAGACGACUCCCCUUGAUUUUGGUGCCUUCCGUACGCCCGUGAAUGAAGAUGAGGCAACGGCUUUCCACUUUGUCACUUCCAGUUCCAUGAUUCCCAACUGGCCAUACACAUUUACGAGUCGUGGAGAUUAUCUUUCUAUUCCUGGUGCUGACGUAUUGGCCGACAGCAUCAAGCAACACAACAUCGACACCCCCGACUUCCUUCUUUUCCUCGGUGGCUUCAUUGAUAGCGCAGUGGGUCAUGUCAACGGUGACGAUGCCGUGGACAUUUGGAGAGCGCGCUACCGUCAACGGUAUGCUUCACCCUCGUACAAACGUAUCUAUCGCCAAAUGUCUACGAUUCAUACAUACGACGACGCUGAUAUCGUCCAUCGUUGGGAUCGUGGCAAUGAACAUCCUUAUCCAAUGGCAAAAGAAGUGUUCGUGCGCUAUCACCAUGAAGCCAAUCCACCUGUAGCCGCUGAGGAUAAGCAGGCAUUGCAAUGUUCCGUUCUUCAUAAUGGAUACGAGACGUUAUCGGUGCCGCUCGAUAUGUCAGAUGGAGGCUUGAAGACGAUGUUGGGUGGUCAACAACGGAGCAAGUUCAUUGAAUGGAUCCAUGAAAAGAGUGAUGUACAGACGCCCUUUAAGUUUGUCGUCUCUAGCGUUCCCUUUGCUCCCCCCAGUAGCGACCCAGUGCUGUCGGAUAUGUGGAAUGGUUACCAGUACGAACGAGAAUUGCUCUUGAAGGAGAUGGCGAAAUCAGAAAGUGUAUUUAUCUUCUUGACUGGUCACCAACAUGACUUUGGAGCAUACAAGGUUGCCGACAACGUAUAUGAGUUCUCCAUCUCUCCAUUAAGUCACUACGCAUCGCGUACCAAUCUUCCAGAGGAGCCGCAAUUCACAGUAUUGGCUCAUGAGAACAAGGGGAUGAGCAAGUUUGGAGCGUACACAGUCAAUACAACAGCAACUCCCCCUUUCGUUCGCUUCCAGGCAUUUAUUGAUGGUGCCCAAAAUUGGGAAACUGUUCUUACGAAUUAG